AUGAAGUUCCUCCGUUCUUUUCUUAUUUUCCUUGUCGCGGUUGAACUGACCCUUUCAACUUUCUUCAACACUGUUGGAACCUUGGCCUGCCCUUUGUAUAAAAAAUGGUGUUAUCAUGUGGCAAUGUAUGAGGAGGACAGCAUCGGUUUCUUCAACGAUGAAGUAGGUGUCAGUGGCGUUCAAUGUGUUCAAAAGAAAAAAGUUGUUUAUAAUCUGACAGGAGAACAGAAUGGAGACGGUUUAUACAAUAAUUUCUAUGAAAUUGCAAUCAUUGUUACUCAUAAUUGCACCGGUCAGUGGUUCAACAUUAGGAGAAUUUACAGCAACAUAACUUAUGCCUCUGUCACUGACAAAGAAGUUUUCAACACUUGGGAUGCCGAACUUUCAAAUGAUGGAGAACGUGUCCCAGACUACAAUUAUUAG